AUGAUGGUGGAUCCAUCGCUGCCAGAUCCUCCUCCCGCUGAUCCGCCAGUAUCAGCAGCUAAAGCAAAAUCGACUCAAAUCUCGCGAAGGGAAGCGCGAACGAAAUUGCGAAUGAUGGAAACCGACAUCGAGCUCCACCGGGAAGAGAUGCGACAAAGCGGCUCUCGGAAACUCGCCGUGAUGGCCGAGAAAGUCGACGAGAAUUACCGCCUCGCAAACAUCGGAGGCAUGAGAACGCGAGAGCAAGAGAUGGAUUUGAAAAACGUUAGUCGUCUCGCCAGCAUCGGGGUAGAUAUGAGUAAAGAUUUGAACCAAAACGGACGAAGUCGAUUUACGGUCAGGCAAGUGGUGAACGGAUUGACGAGUUUGUUCAUGCGAGGGAGAGUUCCAAACGAACAGACGUUAGCCGAAGACGACGCGGAAUUCGUCAGCCACGGGGCCAUGGAUUGGGCAGAGCUGGGAGAUUUUGCCAGUAAAUAUUACUUCGAGGUGGAGACGUUGGAUUUUAUGAACGGCGUCAUGAACACGGAAAUUAAAGAACGGAAAAUGACCCAACGACAACAAAGAGUCCCUCUCGGCGAGUUGGCGAGACCGGAGGAGUUAGAAUCGACGAAGAACGACCACGAAAAGACCACCGCAAAGAUUAUGCAAAAAAUGGUCAAAGAGUUGAACAAGUUUCCUAAUAACGAAUGCCCAGUCGUCGACUUGGUGUUCAACGGACAAUCGUUCGCGCAGUUUAUAGAAAACGUCUUCACGUUGUCGUUUCUAGUCUCGCAAGGACAAGUGUCGAUUAGAAGCGAGCAAGGCAAACCGUCGAUGGUGAGAAGAAAUACGAGCGAGGAACAAGAGAAAACGGAGAAAGAGGAAAGAGCGGCGCACGUGAUGGCGAUAGACGUGCAAGGCUGGAAAGAGUUGUGCAAACAGAGGAAGAAUAAACCCGGGAUCAUGCCGCACAGAAAAGAAGCGACGCAAGAAGAGCUUAUGGGAACGGGAAAGCUCGUCUCGCCGACCAAGAAUAAAACACCGAAACAAAAACGCGCCGCCGGAAACGACGACGACGACGACGGCGGAUUCACGAUCCAGUCCAUCAUCGAAGACGACGACAGGCAGCAGCACCAGCAGCAUUCAAAGAAACCGACGACGACUAAAAAAAAGCUCUCGGACCGGACCAACAGCGACGAAGAGCGAGCCGCCUCGUUGGAGCCGCCGGCCAAGAGAAGAAAUAGUAAGAAAGCGACGCCGCCAAAGAGAUCAAAAGUGAGAACCAUCGUCGAAGAAUGA